AUGCAGCUUUUAGCUCUUGUUACCGGCCUGGUUGGCGUUGCCAACGCCGCGUGCCCUUACAUGACCGGUGAAGUUGAUAGCCGCAUUGAGCGCCGAGCAGACGGUGAUGCUGCUGCCGACACCGAGGAAUUCUUGUCGGCCUUCUACCUCAAGGACCAAGACGUCUAUUUGACCUCUGAUGUCGGUGGUCCCAUUGAGGAUCAAAACAGCCUUAGUGCCGGCGAGCGUGGUGCCACCCUCCUUGAGGAUUUCAUCUUCCGUCAAAAGAUUCAGCGCUUCGAUCAUGAGCGUGUCCCAGAACGUGCCGUUCAUGCCCGAGGCGCCGGAGCCCACGGUACCUUCACUUCAUAUGGCGACUGGUCGAACAUAACCGCUGCCUCGUUCCUGUCGGCCAAGGGCAAGCAAACGCCCAUGUUCACACGAUUCUCUACUGUCGCUGGAAGUCGAGGAAGUGCCGACACAGCUCGUGAUGUUCACGGCUUUGCGACUCGAUUUUAUACUGACGAAGGAAACUUCGGUAAGGUCUCAUCCCCUCUAUUGAAGUAUCGUGCUAAUCUGUGCAUAGAUAUUGUUGGAAACAACAUUCCUGUGUUCUUCAUUCAGGAUGCUAUCCUUUUCCCUGAUCUCAUUCACGCUGUCAAGCCCCGUGGCGACAGCGAGAUCCCCCAAGCUGCUACUGCGCACGACUCGGCUUGGGACUUCUUCAGCCAACAGCCUAGCUCGUUGCACACUUUGCUCUGGGCAAUGGCGGGUCACGGAAUUCCUCGUUCUUUCCGCCAUGUUGAUGGUUUCGGUGUGCACACCUUCCGUCUGGUCACUGACGACGGUAAGACUAAGCUGGUCAAGUUCCACUGGAAGGGUAUGCAGGGUAAGGCUAGCUUGGUGUGGGAAGAAGCCCAGCAAGCUGCUGGCAAGAACCCGGAUUUCUUGCGCCAGGAUCUUUUCGAAUCAAUUGAGGCUGAGCGUUACCCGGAAUGGGAGCUCGGUGUCCAAAUCAUGGAAGAAGAGGACCAGCUUCGCUUUGGGUUCGAUCUUUUCGAUCCUACCAAGAUCGUUCCCGAGGAGCUUGUGCCCGUCACGAAGCUGGGCAAGAUGCAGCUGAACAGAAACCCAUUGAACUACUUUGCCGAAACCGAACAAGCCAUGUUCCAACCGGGCCACAUUGUUCGCGGUAUCGAUUUCACCGAGGACCCUCUCCUCCAAGGUCGUCUCUUCUCCUACUUGGACACACAGCUGAACCGACACGGUGGUCCAAACUUCGAGCAAUUGCCCAUCAACCGUCCCCGCGUCCCCAUUCACAACAACAACCGCGACGGCGCAGGCCAGAUGUUCAUCCCCCUCAACAAGGACGCCUACUCCCCCAACACUCAAAAUGCCGGUUCUCCCAAGCAAGCCAACCAAACCACCGGCAAGGGCUUCUUCACCUCGGACAGAUCCGCAAGUGGCAAACUGCAGCGAACAGUCAGCUCGACUUUCGAAGACGUCUGGUCUCAGCCCCGUCUCUUCUGGAACUCGCUCGUCGCUGCCGAAAAGCAAUUCGUCGUUGAUGCCAUGCGCUUCGAGACCUCAAAUCUCAAGUCCUCCAUCGUUCAAAACAAUGUCAUCAUUCAGCUCAACCGCAUUAGCAACGAUCUUGCUACCCGUGUUGCGGAAGCAAUUGGCAUCUCGGCGCCCAGCCCAGAUGACUCCUUCUACCAUGACAACACCACUGCGCACAUUGGUGCGUUCGGAGAGAAGUUGAAGACAUUGGAAGGUCUGAAGGUUGGAUUGCUGGCCUCCGUGUCGAACAAGAGUUCGAUUGCCGAGGGCGCCAAGUUGCAGAGCGCCCUUAAGUCUGCCGGUGUUGACGUCGUCGUUGUUGCGGAGCGACUGGAUGACAACGUCAACCAAACCUACUCUGGCUCCGAUGCUGUGCAAUUCGAUGCUGUCGUCGUCGCUAACGGUGCAGAGGGACUGUUCAGCGGGAGGAGCUUUACUGGAAAGCCUAGCAAGGGGGCGGCAUCUCUAUUCCCUGCCGGAAGGCCCCUGGAUAUCCUGCUUGAUGCUUUCCGGUUUGGAAAGCCAGUUGCUGCCAUUGGCAAUGGCAAGGUGGCUCUGCGCAACGGGCAGAUCUCCUCCGAGCGUGACGGCGUCUACGUUGCUGACUCUGUGGGAGACUCGUUGGUCAAGGGCGUGAAAGAAGGUCUGCGCACCUUCAAGUUCUUGGAUCGCUUUGCCCAAGACUAA